GCCCCGCUGGCUCCCGUGGCCGCUCCGAGGACACCGGAUCCCUUCAUCAGCCCCGGGAGCGGGGCUGGCCACGGAUCCGGCCCCGCGGUGCUGACAGAUGGGGGAUGCCGCCGGUGCCCCCGCGGGGUCACGGCGUGGCCACCGCGGUCACCCGAGGGUCCCCGGGCACUGACCGCAGCGAGGGACCCCGGUGCCCGUCCCAAGCGUCCCAAUGUCCCCGAUUUUUUCCGCAUCCCGGGUGGGCGGCGAGGGGCGCGAGGGGGUGGCACGGGGAGCCCCCCGUGAAGUGACGCUGUCACCCCGGCCGUGCCCGCGGGCUCUGCCCGCGGCCACCUCGGGGGUUGUGCCCCCCACGCCCGGCCCCCGCGGGGCUGGCCGGCGGUGCCAGCCGGGCUGUCCAGCCCCGGUAUCGGAUCCUCCCGGAGGGAGGGGGCUUGGAGCUUAUUUAACGUGCCCGGCCAGGCCGGGCGGGCGCACUCGGAGCACGGGGAGCUCAGCCGCAGCCAUGGGAUCGCAGCUGGAAGGGGCCAUGGAGACCCUGAUCAAUGUGUUCCACCACUACUCGGGCAAGGAGGGGGACAAGUACAAGCUGAGCAAGAAGGAGCUCAAGGAGCUGCUGCAGAGCGAGCUGGGAUGUUUCCUGGAGACCCAGAAGGACGCAGGGGCCGUGGAGAAGAUCAUGCAGGACCUGGAUGAGAACGGCGAUGGGGAGGUGGAUUUCCAGGAAUUUGUGGUCCUGGUGGCCGCCCUGACCGUGGCCUGCAACAACUUCUUCUGGGAGAACGCCUGACCCCCCUCCUGCCACAGCAGGACGUGGGCUCCCAAAAUCCAGAGCCCCCCCCCCGCCACCCCCCAGCUCACCCCCUCAGCAUUCCCAGGGGAUCCCACUGGGAUCCAGCUGCACAAUAAAGGCACC